CAGGGUCAGCUGAGGCCUCCAGAUAAAACCCAACAAGGUCUCUUUUUUAAUCCUCCCCCCUCCUGCAAGAUCAAGGCGGGGAUUAUUCACAAUGAUUGUUGUGUUAGCGCUCGAGGAUCGCUGCUGUUCGCAUGUCACUGCUGCUGCUCCUCCAAGAGCAGACGCGACGACAUGUGACUCAUCACUCUCACCACAAUCUUGAUGUUGGUCUCCACACGGAGGGCGUUUUUAUUUUAUGGCUGGUGUUCCAGACCUCGGCUGACCUCAGCGGCUGGAUGAUGGCAGCAGACCCUCCUCUAAUCCUGUACUCGAGUGAACAGAAGGUUUCAGGAUGCUGUGGCUGCUGCUCUGUCUGCUUCCUCCUGUGGGCAGCAGCAGGAUCGUUGCCCAGGACGUCGAUUAUAAAGAAAAACACAGCCACGAGGAGGUUGCCGUGAUGAAGAGGCCUCACAUCUAUUUCUGCCGCUCGCCCAACAUGGAGGACUUCAGCUGCUGGUGGCAUCCGCUCGACAACCUGACGGACGGAGAGCCGGUCAGAUACGUCCUCACCUACUCCAAAGAUAAGGGGCCCAAACACGAGUGUCCGGACUACGUGACCUCCGGCCCCAACAGCUGCCACUUCGACAGCAGCCACACAUCCAUAUGGAAGAUGUACUGUUUGAACGUGACCGCCGUCACCGCCCGCAGGAAUUACACCUCAGAGGAACACUGCCUGGAUGUGGCUGAGAUAGUUCAGACCGAAGCUCCGGUGAAUCUGACCUACAUGCUGACGGAUGCUGGUGGGGAUGAGAUGGGUCACAAUGCGCUGCUGUCCUGGACGUACCCGGUGCCCUCCGACCUGCAGUAUGGCUGGAUCACGCUGGUGUACGAGCUGCAGUACAGACGUGUCACUGAGCCCGACAACUGGAAGGUGAAGCACCCUCUGCGGGAGCCUCACGUCGAGCUGCUCGGCCUCCCCGUCGGCGACUUUGUGGUCAGAGUUCGCUGCCGCUCGCACAACUACGGCCUGUGGAGCAAAUGGAGCCCCACGCUGCUGAUGAGCAUCCCCGCCAGGCCGCCCGCAGGUAAACUCCUGGUGCUGAUCCUGGUCACAGGAGUCGGGGUCGUGGCUCUGCUGGUCAUCGCCUUCGGACUCAUUCCACAGAGCAGGAGAAUAAAAGACUACUUCCUGCCGCCCAUUCCAAAGCCGCGGAUCAUCGGCAUUGACCCACUGCUGCUGAAGAAGGGGAACUUGGAUGAAAUCAACCGUCACUUCAGUAACUUCCACAGCUACAGGCCUCCAAGCUACACGGAGGAGGUUUGGGACCACGUCAGCACCAACGACGUCUAUCUCACCACGCCGAAGGACUGCAGCGUCCCGGCCGACCAGACGGACCGGCAGAAGGAUGCCUUGAUGGUUCCAUGCGACCUGACGCCCGUGGCAGCCCAUCACCACCUCACAACCCAACAUCCGUCAUCGUACGUGCAGGGCCUGUCGCCCUACUGCUCCUCGCCUCCCGAACCCUUUGCUCCUUCACUGGACCCGCCUUCCUCGUGGCCAAGACCAGAAAUCGUGUCGCUGCCGGGGACAGAGUACAGCAUUAUGGGACAUCCAGGCCUUCCCAACGCCGUCCCCACUCCUGUUGCCACCAGCCGCUCGCCGCAGGAUUUCUACACCUGCGUGCAGCUCAUGAAUGAAAUUGGCGAGGUGCACCUCGUGCCAUGCCUGCCGCCGCCAUACUGCCGGGAGUUCCCACCUCUCCCGAGGGUAAAUUCAGAAGCAGAGGAGAAGAAGAAGGAGGAGGAGAAGAAGAAGAAGUUGGCCGACUGCCAAGCCAGGACAAAUGCGAUGAAAGAUGGCAGCGAGGCUGAGAGGAGCGAGGCGGCGGUCCCUCUGCUGCCCGUCACUGUCGAUAACAAAGGCUGAGCCACGAAAAUACAGAUACUGUGAAAACUGCUGCCAUGUUCAAAGUGGGGAUCUAAUGUGACCCUCGAGAAGAGCACCACAUUGACCUCAAGAUGGGAAGUGCACCCGCAGGACAUCGGCAGCGAAACAACAAUGCAGACACUAUGAAACACUUGUGGCGCAGCGUUGUGUUUAGACGACAGAGACGUUUGUAAAAGUUCCUCUGGACGUCGACUUUUUUCUGUUUUUUGGUAACUCCGCCCACCAAACGUGGCGAUGUAAAGGCUGCAGGUGGAAAGAUUUUCUAGAGCCAAUUUCAGGUGAAUCAAAACUCAAAUUCCAAACUAAAUUGCUGCCAAGCAGGUGCUCCGUCCAAUAGAGGCUGGACUUGCUGAUGAGUGUAACAGUCACAUGACAUGAUUUAUGGGUAAUGAAGUCCGUCAACCUUAAAGAGAGAACUGUGGAGAUAAAUUUGUCUCAAUGUUAUUUAGGUCCUGAGCGACACACCUGGACCCCAAACAGCUAUAAAUUAAACUUUUUAUUAAGGCUUGAAUUUGCACAUAUUUAAUGGCAGUGAGUCAGAUCCACAGCUCCACCCUCCCGCCCAAAUAUGGUUAUUUCUGGCUCCAAAAAAUCAAGAUGGCGACAGCCAAAAUACCAACCUUGAGGCUUCAAAAUAAACCACAAAAUUUGGCACCAUUACAGCUCACAAGGUUCACUGACAAAACAACUGUCUUACACUAAACACGUUUUUCAAACAAAUACAACAUGCUAACGUUAUUAGCACAAGCCUAUGGCAUUUUACAUUGUAUAAAUUAGCCUAGCAGCUAGCAGAGAUUUCCUUUGCUCAUAUGAAGCCAGGAUAAAUCACACACAAGACUUAGGGUGUCACGAGUCUCCUAACACUACAAAGAACAUUAAAAACAUAUGGGUUUAUACAGUAUUAAGACAAAUCUAUCUCCACAGAGUAGGACGUUGCCUCGUGCAGCUUUAAAUGAACACAUGAACAUGAACACACCACAUGUUGCGUCUCCCAAACUGUCAUAUUCAGGAUUUCUCUUUCAGGAAAAAGAAACAGCAGUGACAGAGAUUUCUUUUCAUUAUUUUACUCAGCAUCGUCUUUCGUCUUGACUCUGUUAGUGUUUACAUGCUGUAAUGCUCCAGGUAUUAGCCUUAGCCCGUCGAGACAAUCUUUGCACAUUCUUUAAUCUCCCUCAGAUAUCACAGUGACCAUGUGAUUUUCAUAUUCAGGAUAUGUUCGUGUUCCUUUAGUCUCCACUCAGCAGUGCUUAUUAAGGGGAUAUUUGCUCAUCCUGAAGAUGUGAAGGGCGCCGUGUCUCACUCUGAAUCUGUCUCAUUAUCCGUGUCUCGUCUCGCAGAGCUCUGCAGAGUCUUCAGAACGUUGUGAUUUAUUCUGAAGACUUGUUCAAAGAGGUUGGGAGCAAACAGAGAUAAGUUUCACACCCUCAGGAAGACGUCCGCUGUGAAUCUCACUCAGCUGGAUUUCUGUUCAUCACGCUGAAACGAACCUCUCCGACACUGCUCUCACUGCGGUGUUUUCUGAACUUCAUUUUCCAGAGAAGAGUUUGGAAGAAGCAGGCCCCUCUCGGAUGUUAUUUUUUAUAAUGAACAAAUUUAACACUAUUAACACAGAAUAUUUUGUAUGUUAUAGAGAUGCCGAACCUCAGGUAGUGCUUUGUUUUUUUCUACAAGUGAAAGUAUUAUGGGUUACAUUCAUACAACGCCUGUGAAACACUGUUGUAGUAGAUUUCUCCUCUUGUCCUCAUGUUUCUGAGGCGUUAAAAGGACAGUUAUGAUUUUUUAACGUGGGGUUGUUUGAGGUACUUAUUUAUAGUCAGUAUAUUACCUAUAUAUGAAAAGUGACAUAAUAUUGAAGGCUAGUAGAGAAGGAAGUAGUGUUAAGAGUGACAGUCCACGUAUGAAGGCAGGUUGGGGUGGGUGGGUCAAACAGACACCGGACUUUAACCCAGGAGACCGAUGUUUGUGACCCGUAUGAAACCGUUUUAACUUAUUUUAAGGUACAUAGUCACGCUAUGUUAAGUACGUAACUGUAUGUUAGGUACAUAGCCUAACAGUAGCCAACCACAUUUAUUUUAUUUAUUUUCACAUUUUAUUUUCUAACCUACGUAAUUUUACCCCCCUAACCCUAACCUACAGGACUCUAAUUUCUUAAACCUAAUCUUUGUAACUUUACUUGCCUGAACCUAACCUCCUUAACUUUAUGUAAUAUAACUAUACCCAACCAUUAUUCUUAAACGUAACAUAAAACUUAACCUAUGUAACUUUACUUGCGUACACCUCAUUUACGUGACUUUACUUGCCUAAAGCUAACCUAAGUAACUUUACGUUAAGUAUGUAACAUGACUACACCCAACCAUAAUUCUGUUCCUAAACCUAACCUACGUAACUUUACUUUCCUAAACCUUGUAGUAAGUAAGUAAGUAUGUAACUUUAUGUUAACUAUGUAGUGUAACAAUGGCCAACUGUAAUCUUUUCCGAAACCUAAACUAUGUUAUUUUGAUUUUCUAAACUUAACUUGCGUAACUGUACUUAUCUAAACCUAACCUACAUAACUGUACUUGCCUAAAGAUAACCUACAUAAUCUUACGUUAAGUACAUAACUUUAUUAUAAAUACGUAACUUGACUACACCUAAUCAUAAUUCUUUUCCUAAACCUAACCU